UCCACCUGUAUUAUUCAGUACCAGUCAAUAUGGCACGUCAGCAACAAACCGAUGUGGAUGAGCUUUUCGACGUGAAAAACAACUUUUUUAUUGGCAAUUAUCAACAAUGCAUCAAAGAAGCCCAAAAGAUCAAACCUUCUUCAUCAGAGGUAGCGAUCGAGCGAGAUGCCUUCCUCUAUCGUGCAUACAUAGCGCAGCGAAAAUUUCGUGUUGUGUUAGAUGAAAUUAAUAGUUCAUCACCAUCAGAACUACAACCGCUUAAAAUGUUAGCUGAUUACUUUGCGAAUCCUGAUCGUAGAGAAGUGCUACUUGCAGAUUUGCAACAGGCAACAAAUCAAAUCAAUUAUGACAAUCACAACCUCCUGAUUGCUGCUGCAACUAUUUACUACCACGAGAAUAAUUUAGAUGCAGCACUGACAGUACUUCGUGAUGCAGAACAUUUAGAAUGCCUCUCCCUAAAAUUAACAAUCUACUUGAAAAUGCAUCGUGUAGAUCUUGCAAAGAAAGUAUUGAAAACCAUGCAAGAAAAAGACGACGAUGCAAUUUUAACCCAGUUGGCCCAAGCAUGGCUGAACACAAGUACCGGUGCUGACAAGUUGCAAGAUGCCUACUAUAUUCUUCAAGAAAUGAUAGAUAAAUAUGCAAGUACAAGCAUGAUGUUAAAUGGACAAGCUACUUGCUUCAUUGGGCAAGCUAAAUACGAAGAAGCAGAAACAGUUCUGCAGGAAUCACUGGAGAAGGACAGUAAUAAUCCAGUUACUUUGAUCAACAUGGUUGUCCUUUCUCAACAUUCAGGAAAGCCACCAGAAGUUACCAAUCGUUAUUUGAGCCAAUUAAAAGAGUCACACGCGGAACAUCCUUUUGUUAAAGAAUAUUCACAAAAGGCUACUGAAUUUCAAAGGCUUGCAAAGCAGUAUACUGUGUGCACCUAAAUGAAUUACUUUGUAUCAUAACAUUUUAUGGUCCACAUUAAAUAGAAGGAUUAAUACUAAUGUAAUAAUGUGGGCUACAAGUAUAAAACACUCUACUUGAUCAUGGAAUUUUGUAUGAAAAGAAAACAUUUCAAUUAAUAAACAGAGGAACAUUGAUGUAGAAAUGUGUACAGUCUCAAUAAAAUACUUUUAACAAUUU